AUGUUCCAACUUGUAGGAGCCCCUCUUGUGGAAAAUUGUCUUGCUGGGUUUAACAGUUCUGUAUUCGCCUAUGGACAGACAGGGAGUGGAAAGACGUACACGAUGUGGGGCCCAGCCAAUGCUUUAUUGGACGAAAAUUUAUCCAGCGAUCAACAAGGCUUGACUCCCCGGGUCUUUCAGCUACUCUUUGACCGUAUAAAUGAGGUGAAGAUAAGAGAAGAUAUGCAAACUGGUGUUUAUGUUGAAAAUCUCAGAGAGGAGUAUGUAUUUACAAUGAAAGAUGUGACUCAGCUCCUGAUAAAGGGAAUGUCCAACAGGAGGACUGGUGCAACCAGUAUAAAUACAGAGAGUUCCCGCUCACAUAGUGUUUUCACUUGUGUUGUUGAAUCUCGAUGCAAGAGCAUGGCAGAUGGAAUGAGCAGCUUGAAAACAAGCAGAAUAAAUCUUGUUGAUCUUGCUGGAUCAGAGAGACAGAAGUUAACUGGAGCUGCCGGGGAAAGGUUGAAGGAAGCAGGGAACAUUAACCGAUCUCUCUCACAGCUUGGGAACUUGAUAAACAUUCUUGCUGAGGUUUCUCAGACAGGAAAGCAAAGGCAUAUACCUUACCGAGACUCCAGGUUGACUUUUUUAUUGCAGGAAUCACUUGGUGGAAAUGCCAAACUAGCUAUGGUGUGUGCUAUUUCUCCAGCACAAAGUUGUAAGAGUGAAACUUUCAGCACAUUGAGAUUUGCCCAGCGUGCGAAGGCGGUCAAGAAUAAGGCUGUCGUUAACGAGGAGAUGGAGGAUGAUGUGAAUCACUUGCGAGAAGUAAUACGGCAGCUAAGGGAUGAAUUGCACAAAGUGAAAGCAAAUAGUAAGAAUCCAACAGGUUGGGAUCCCCGUAAGAGUUUGAACAUAUUGAAGAGCCUUAUCCAUCCACGUCCUCGAUUACCUCAAGUAGAUGAAGAUGGGGAUGAGAUGAUGGAAAUUGAUGAGGAAGCUGUUGAAAAGCUCUGCAUUCGAGUAGGUCUAGGACCAGCAGAUGCAGCAGACCAGAAUCAUGUUGAUGAAGGCAGAUCUAUCAUUGAACAAGGUACUGAGGAUACAGAUGUUGACAUGGAAGAAGCAAUAUCUGAACAAGCUGAGAAACAUGAAAUUCUGAUUUUGGGUUGUGCUGAACCUGCUAGAAACACCCCAGAAUCCUGUGAAGAGCCAGCUGCAGAGAAAAGGACUCUUAGUUCCUCUGUCAGCAAAUUGAUAACAAAAGAAUCACCAAACAAAAUGGUGGAGUUUAGGUCCUCGUGCACUACUUCUGGUUCCCAAAGUGGAAUUUCUACAAGCAUUUUUGCCACAGGUGAACCCAAUGGUUCCCAAAACGAGACAGCAAAUUGCGUGUCUCCUUCUAGCCUCACUAUAGUUCCUUCUGAAGUGUCACCUGUUCUUAAAUCUCCAACUCCAAGUGUUUCCCCUAGACUCAACAGCAGCAGGAAAAGUUUGCGGACUUCAUCAAUGUUAACUGCUUCCCAGAAAGAUUCCAAAGAUGAAAGCAAGUCAGGACCAGAUAACUUACGUAUAUCUUUUGCAAAAUCCAAAUCUUCAACUGCUCUAACUGCUGAAACCAGUAAGAGUUUUCUUGCACCAACUGAACAUUUAGCGGCUAGCCUUCAUCGUGGCUUGGAAAUUAUUGAUAGUCAUCGCAAGAGUUCAGUAUUGAGGCGAUCAUCCUUCAGAUUUUCCUAUAAGCCUGCAGAAUCUAAGCCGAUUCUGCUUGGUGACCAAGUUGAUGUGGGCGUUCAAACUUUUCCUCAAGAUGAUGAGAUAUCAGAAACAGUGUUGUUCUGUGCGAACUGCAAGACUAUAACACAACUAGAGGUGAAAGAUGUAGAUGAGAGCUCAAACCUGCAGUUAGUGCCCCUUGAUGGCUCAGAUUCUAAUGAUAAACCCAAAAUGCAAGUUCCCAAAGCAGUGGUGAAGGUUUUGGCAGGAGCAAUCAGGAGGGAAAUGGCCCUGGAAGAGUUUUGUGCCAAACAAGCUUCUGAUAUAAAGCAGCUUAACCGUCUGGUCCAACAAUACAAGCAUGAGAGGGAAUGCAAUGCCAUAAUAGGGCAAACAAGGGAAGACAGAAUUCUUCGGCUUGAGAGCCUCAUGGAUGGUGUUUUAUCUACCAAGGAUUUCAUGGAGGAAGAGUUAGCAGCAGUCAUGCAUGAGCACGAGCUUUUGAAGGAGAAAUAUGAGAAUCAUCCUGAAGUUUCAAGGACAAAUAUUGAGCUGAAAAGAGUUCAGGAGGAGCUGGAACGUUAUCGAAAUUUCUGUGAUUUGGGUGAAAGGGAAUUUGGCUCCCCUCUCAAUACAAUCCAGGAAUCAACCGAGGAGAGUCCAGAAGAGAAACUUGAGCUAGAGAGAAUGCGCUGGAUGGAGGUUGAGAGCAACUGGAUAUCUCUUGCUGAAGAAUUGAGAACUGAACUCGAUGCUUCUAGGGCACUAACUGAAAAAUUGAAGCAGGAAUUAGAUACAGAAAAGAAAUGUGCAGAAGAGCUGAAGGAAGCAAUGCAAAUGGCCAUGGAGGGACAUGCACGCAUGCUUGAACAGUAUGCAGAUCUUGAGGAAAAGCAUAUUCAAUUACUUGCAAGGCACAGGCAGAUCCAAGAAGGAAUAGAUGAUGUCAAGAAAGCAGCUUCUAAAGCUGGAGUUAGGGGCGCCGAAUCCAAGUUCAUAAAUGCCCUUGCUGCUGAAAUUUCUGCUCUGAAAGCUGAAAGAGAAAAGGAGAGGCGAUAUUUUAGAGAUGAAAGCAGGGGACUUCAGGCUCAACUGAGAGAUACUGCUGAAGCUGUACAAGCUGCAGGCGAAUUGCUUGUGAGGUUGAAAGAAGCAGAAGAAGCUGUUGUUGUUGCUGAGCGUCGAGCUGUUGAGGCAGAGCAAGAGGCUUUAAAGGUGAAUAAACAGAUUGAUAAGUUGAAGCGAAAACAUGAAAACGAGAUUAGUUCUCUUAAGGAGCUAGUUGCAGAGUCUCGUUUGCCCAAAGAAGCAAUACGACCUGGUGCUCACAAUGAUUGUGAUAUGCCCAAGUAUGAUGCAGGUGAGCCUCUUACUGAAGGUGAUCAGCGAUGGAAAGAGGAAUUUGAGCCAUUUUAUAAUGCUGAAGAUGGUGAAUUGUCAAAACUUGCCGAGCCCUCAACGUGGUUCUCUGGUUAUGAUCGAUGCAACAUAUAG